UUGGUUAGUAGGUAUUGAAAAUUUGAUAAAAUUUGCAGAAAAUCCACGUUGCAAAAUAUAAUAGAAUUUUCUGUGAAAUCCUUAGCUUCUCAAAUGAAAUCUAAUCGUGAAACUACAUCCGUAAAUAUGUCAAAGAAGACAUUGGCUGGUGGAAAAAAUGCCUGGAAAGUGGAGAAGACGGUGACCCCUACGCCGGGUGCAAUGGAAAAUUUUACGGGCGGUGCUGCUAAGAAAAAUGCUCAAGAGCAGACAAAGUUCGCUCAAGUGCAGAAAAAACACUUGGAGGCAGCUAAGAAGGUGGUGAAGGAGUACGAAUCGAGCUCUGAUGAAGAGGACGUAGUAACUGCAGAUAUUUUCGAAGCAGUUCUCAAAGGAUACGACGGUGACAACAAUGAUCUCCGGAAAACGCACCAAUAUCUGGAGAAUGCCUUCCAAUCUGGUGCUGCAACAUGUUUAAUUUGUAUUGGAGGAAUUAAGAGAGUGGACUCUAUUUGGUCAUGCACAACUUGCUAUUGCUUCUUUCAUCUUCAAUGCAUUCAACGCUGGGGAAAUGAUAAUGUCGCCCAGAAGCGUCUUCGACAAGCGGAUGAGGCAACUUCCCCAGGAUUUUAUACAAAUCGUGGAGAAUUCAUACCUCGGAAGGUUAUUCCUAUCACUUGGGAUUGUCCACAGUGUAGGCAGUCGUACAUUCCCGAAGAGAUCCCAAGAAAAUACGUUUGUUUUUGCGGGAAAGAAGAAAAUCCACCAUUCCAUCCCUGGCUUGUACCACACUCGUGUGGAGAAAUAUGUCAACGAUUACUAGAACCUGUGUGUGGACAUAAAUGCCUUUUGCUUUGUCAUCCAGGACCUUGUCCGCCAUGCCCACAAACUAUUUCUCGCACCUGUGAGUGCGGAAAAUCAGCCCUACGCACUAUUCGCUGUUCCACAAAAACAUGGCGAUGUCAGGAGAAGUGCCAGCGCAUACUAUCAUGUGGUCAUCACAAAUGCGAUAUGCCUUGUCACAGUCCAGAUUCCUGCAAACCUUGCUCUCGCCGAAGUGUUCACAGUUGCCAGUGUGGCAAAAAACGCGAGGAACGUAAUUGCUCAGAGAGCAUUUGGCAAUGUGAUGCUACAUGCAACAAAGAGUAUGAUUGUGGUCGACAUCGAUGUAAGAAAAUCUGCCAUCCACCAGGAGAGUGCGGAGAAUGUCCACAAGGACUUCCACGAUCUUGUCCAUGUGGUAAACAGACGUCUGUAGCACCUUGCUCAGAACGAAUCGAUCCCUGUGGAGAUUCUUGUCUGAAGCAGCUCCCUUGCGGUGAUCAUUUGUGUCUCGACAGAUGUCACCGCGGUGAAUGUGGAGCUUGUCAGGAGAUUGUCGAGAAACGCUGCCGCUGUGGUCUCAAUGUAAAGCAAUUACCCUGCAGCAAAACAUUCUCAUGCGAAACAAAAUGUAAGCAACAGAAAGAUUGCACGAAGCAUGCAUGUAACCGGAAAUGCUGCGACGGAAAUUGUCCACCGUGUGACAAAAUUUGUGGCAAGACUUUGGCUUGUGGGAAACACAAGUGUAAGAGCAACUGUCAUACAGGACCCUGCUAUCCUUGCAAUCUUAAGGCUCAAGUUAAAUGUCGGUGCUCCAAGACAGUCAUUGAGGUUCCAUGUGGACGCGAACGGAAGACUCGCCCACCAAAGUGUCACCUGCCAUGUAAAAGAGCAUCUAAGUGCCACCACGAAAAUCCCCAUAAUUGUCACCAAGGUGAUUGUCCGCCAUGUACAAAAAAAUGUGCACUCUUCAAUGACACAACUAAAUGCUCUCAUCUCUGUGAGGCGAAGUGCCAUGAUGCUGUCCUUAUUAAGAUUGUUGACAAGAACUGGCGUCCAGCUGGACCUUGGGAUGUGCAACCUGAAGUAACUGAGAUAACAAAACUUCCUCAUCCCAAAUGUGAAGUUCGAGUCCCAGUAUCAUGCUUGGGUGGUCAUGAAAUUAUUUCUUGGCCAUGUUACGAUACCGUUCCAAGGAGUUGUGGACGACUCUGCGACCGGAAAUUAAAAUGUGGGAACCACAAAUGCGAAAAAGAGUGCCAUACCGUCGAAGAUCCUGGAGUAUGGGAACAGCAAAAAGGUUGUACUGAAUGCAGAGAAGAAUGCAAGAAAAAAAGACCACAUGGAUGCCCACAUCCAUGCAAAAGGCCCUGCCAUCCAGGUGACUGCGAUCCUUGCACAAUCUCAAUCAAGACUGCUUGCCAUUGCGCAUUGACUCAAAUAAUCUAUAAAUGUGGUGAUUUAAAUGGCAAUAGCGAUACUACUGCCAAAGAAGAUAAACUCAGCUGUGGAAAUCGAUGUAUCAAGAAUUAUCCAUGUGGACAUAGAUGCACAUCUACUUGUCAUUCUGGAUCCUGCCCAAAUCCCGAAUCUUGCAAGAAAAAAGUCAAAACAUCAUGCAAAUGUAAAACAAAGAAGAUCGAGGUAGCUUGCGAAAAGUUACGUAGUGGAUCAUUUGUUGUAGCAUGCGAUGAACAAUGUAAGGAAAAAAUUGCUCAAAAGGAGCGGGAAUUUCAGGAGAGGAUUGAGAAGCAACGUAAGGAAGAGGCUGAGCGCAAUCGACAAGAAUUAGAAGAAUUUGAACGUAAGUUUGGUAAGAAAAAACCAAAGGAACGUAAGAAGAGAGAGUAUGUGGAUGAGAAAACGACAAAUUGGAAAAUUAUACUCACAUUGUCAGUAAUUGUUGUCGUAAUGGCUGUUUCUGGGUACAUUUUUAUAUUUAAUGCCCAGUAAAUGUAAGUACAUUUCGUUUAUUACUGGACUUUGGUUUUCUUCUUCGUAUCUCGAGAUGAUUUCAUCGAUGUAUUGACUGUGGCCACCUGUUGCUUCCCAUCGAAGUGAAUGGAAGAAAACACGAUAAAGGCAACGAAUGCUAUCAAAGAGAGUACCAAGAUGUAUUCAACACGAUUCCUACAAGUAGAUUGGGAAGGUGAUUAGAUCAAUAUAUCUUCUUGAAUGUCGUAUUUAAUGUAGUUUGCAGCAUGUUAAUGACGGCGUUUAUGUAACUUUUGCACUCAUGAAAUAUAAAUGUGAUGAUUCGAAAAAAUCGGUAAAACGUAUUUAAGAAAAAAAAACUUACUCGAACGGAGUUCCACAUACAGUAUACCACACACUCCCAUCUUUAGGCACCUUCUUUCCGGGCAGGCAAUGGAAGUCAUAAUAUUUCUCAUCGUAAUUAGUUGCACAGAGGAAUUGUUUCUUUGUCAGUGUCUUGAGGAGCGUCUCAACUGGAACGGUUGAUUUGCAAUCUCCAAUAGGCUCGUGCAACCCAAUGAUGAUUUGCUCUUCUGGAUUGAAGAAAAUUGCUGUACCCAGAAAAGUAAGGUAGUGUAGGAUUAAAUGCACAAUCAGGGCCCAAUCGAGAAUCUUCAUUUUCUCCACUAUGCCACUCCUGAGAGAAUUCCUGUCAAACUUCCAUAUAAUCACAAUGAAAGUUACAAGAAGUGUAACGGUGGUUACUUCCGAGUGAACACCGAAGACAUCGUGGAAAGGAUGGUAAAGGAUGAGGAAGAAGAGGCACCCACCAGGCAUUCCAAGAAGAGAUGCCAAAAUCACAGAGGCAAUUUCUGCCUUGAUAGGACCUGCCUCCCAUUUAUUUAAGGGAGUUUUGCCUCCGGAGAAUAAUUUCCGAGAUGAAUGAAAAAUGAACGACCAAAAAGCAGCAAAAGAUGCGUGGAAGUAGUAGGAAUUCCAAGGAACCCAGUAGUGUCUGUCUGCAAUGUUAGGAUCUGUAUCGUGCCAGAUCCAGUGAACGAAUUUUGCACCAAUUAUGUCGUAUGGAAGAUCAAUUAGGACCGUCAAGACUCCAACGGCAAGGUGUUCAACGAGACCACAUCGUAGCUUCAAUUUGGACACUGCCCACGAGGAGUGAUAAUAGAAAACGGGAUCUGAAAAGAAAUUGUGGCUAUAAGAUAAAAAUGUUUAGAUGUCAUAUAAUAUUAUUCAUACAGAGAAAGAUAAUGUAGAGUGGAAGUCUGUGACCAAAGAACAUGACUGGAGUUAAACUUUGCCAAAAGUUAUCAAUGUGUGGAAUCCAGUAGGAUGCUAAUUCCACUGUAAGACCCUGACCGAUGGCAGCGGCAAAAAGAAAAGGCCAUCUUCCACCUUUCCAUGUGCAAUGAAGGGAUAUUAUAGCAGCUCCCAGGAGAAAAAUUGCUUGACAGUAAGAGUAGGAUGGAUGAGCUCGAUAGAGAUUAACUGGAUCUUCAAAGCUGACAAGCCAUUCGAAAAACUACUCGGGAGAAGAAAUAAUUUUUUAUAUUUUGUAUUUGAUAUUUUUAAUAAAUGUCGUCGUGAUACU